AGCCCCGCCGCCGCCAUGGGCCGGGUCCGGCCGGGCGAGCGCGGGCCUCCCGGCCCCGGCCCCGGCCCCGCCGCUCCACCGCCCGCGCCCCGCCGCGCCCGCGCCCUGGCGCUGCUCGGGGCCCUGGUCGCCGCCGCCGCCGCCGUUGCCGCCGCCCGGGCCUAUGCCCGCCACGCCGAGGCCCAGGCGGCCGCGCGGCAGGAGUCAGCACUGAAGUCCCUGGGGACAGAAGGCCUCUUUCUCUUUUCCUCCUUGGACACAGACCGGGAUUUGUACAUCAGCCCGGAGGAGUUCAAGCCCAUUGCUGAGAAGCUGACAGGCUCAGCUCCUGCUGCCAGCUAUGAGGAGGAGCUGCCCCUUGACCCCAGCGAGGAGACGCUCACCAUAGAAGCCCGAUUCCAGCCUCUGAUCCCGGAGUCCAUGACCAAGAGCAAAGAUGGGUUCCUGGGGGUCUCCCGCCUGGCCCUGUCCGGCCUCCGCAACUGGACGACUGCGGCCUUGCCGAGCGCGGUGUUUGCUGCCCGACACUUCCGGCCUUUCCUUCCUCCUCGGGGCCAAGUGGAGCUGGGGGAGCCGUGGUGGAUCAUCCCCAGUGAGCUGAGCGUCUUCACCGGCUAUUUAUCCAACAACCGCUUCUACCCACCACCGCCCAAGGGCAAAGAGGUCAUCAUCCACCGGCUCCUGAGCAUGUUCCACCCUCGGCCCUUCGUGAAAACCCGCUUUGCCCCUCAGGGGGCUGUCGCCUGCCUGACCGCCAUCAGCGACUUCUACUACACCGUCAUGUUCCGGAUCCAUGCCGAGUUCCAGCUCAGCGAGCCACCUGACUUCCCUUUCUGGUUCUCGCCGGGCCAGUUCACUGGCCACAUCAUCCUCUCCAAAGAUGCCACCCAUGUCCGAGACUUCCGGCUCUUCGUGCCCAACCACAGGUCUCUGAAUGUGGACAUGGAGUGGCUGUAUGGGGCCAGUGAGAACAGCAAUAUGGAGGUGGACAUUGGCUAUAUCCCCCAGAUGGAACUGGAGGCCGUGGGCCCGUCGGUGCCUUCUGUGAUCCUGGAUGAGGAUGGCAACAUGAUCGACAGCCGCCCACCCUCAGGGGAGCCCCUCCAGUUUGUCUUUGAGGAGAUCCAGUGGCAGCAGGAGCUGAGCUGGGAGGAGGCUGCCCGGCGCCUAGAAGUGGCCAUGUACCCCUUCAAGAAGGUCGCCUAUCUGCCAUUCACCGAGGCCUUCGACCAAGCCAAGGCCAAGAACAAGCUGGUGCACUCAAUUCUGCUGUGGGGGGCCCUGGAUGACCAGUCCUGCUGAGGUUCAGGGCGGACUCUCCGGGAGACUGUCCUGGAAAGUUCGCCCAUCCUCGCCCUCCUUAAUGAGAGCUUCAUCAGCACUUGGUCCCUGGUGAGGGAGUUGGAAGACAUGCAGGUGAGUGGCAGGCGGACGGGAACAGCCCCGUGGGAGGCCCUGGGAGAGUGCUGGAGACUGAGGCAUCAGGAGCGCGCCCAACUGUCCCCACAGAACAACCAGGAGAACCCGUCCCACAAGAAGCUCGCAGACUUGCACCUGGAGAAGUAUAGCUUCCCCGUGGAGAUGAUGAUCUGCCUGCCCAAUGGCACCGUGGUCCACCACAUCAAUGCCAACUACUUCUUGGACAUCACCUCCAUGAAGCCUGAGGAUAUUGAGAACAACGUCUUCAGCUUCUCGUCCACCUUUGAAGACCCGUCCACGGCCACCUACAUGCAGUUCCUGAAGGAAGGCCUUCGGCGCGGCCUGCCCCUCCUCCAGCCCUAGUGUGGCCUCAGACCAUGAGAGGCCAGGCUGGACGGGGUGGGGGGGAGCUGAGGUGAAGGCCUCCAACACUGAAGACAGGCCCCUCGGGCUCAGAGCCAGUGGUCCUGGCACAUUUCAAACUUCGGGCACCCCCACCCCGCCACUCCCAGGCUGCCUGUGCGGUCGGAGGUCAGUGAAGGGUCAGACAAGGGGGUGCCUGGGGUGACCGGACGGAUGAACCUCUGACUCCAGCUGCCACCAUUAGCCCUUUACCACCCACAUGGUUCCAGAAGCUGCUCAGGACACCAGAAACGGGACCUCAGGUCAUCUCCCUGGACCUCACCCACUCAGGCACAAAGCCCAGGUCCUUGUGGGGUGAAGAUCCGGGAGGCGUGGUGCCAGGAAGACAGGGCGCCCCUCUCUCCUUACAUUCACUGCCCCCCUCCCCCGAAAGAAACAUUAAGAAGGCCCGGACUGGGGGCUGGGGAGAGGUUGCCAGGGAAGCACUCUUGUUUGUCUGGAGCCUUCUUCCUGGCUGCCCUCCUAUGCCUGGUGUCCCCAGGGGAGUCAGUUUUAGCUGGAGACAGCCUUCUGGAGGCUCAGGGAAAAACCCUCCAGAAGAAGUCACUGUACCCCAGACCUCAGCUCUCCAGACCACUCAAUCCAACCUAAUGAUAGGACCCCAACCCCUGAUUUGGGACUUGCUGGAAGCCAGCUGUCUGGGGAGGUUCACUGUGAAGUAGGCUUCUGCUCUUAGCAAGGGAGUCCACUGAGGAGUUUCCGAGGCCCAGGGCCAAGGCACCCCCACCUCCUACCCAGCAAGGGUCACAGUAGGACUACUGGAGCCAGCCCCCUGCCCCUCAGGCCCCAGCUCCACAGAAGUGUAGCUCAGCCAAAGAACACAGCCUCCCCCAGAGCUGUCAGGGCAGCCCAGACCCGCGUGCCCCCCACCGAAUGGCCGUUGGCCUUGCUUGGCCUCUCUUAAGGCCUUGGUCUAUGUCCCAAGCCACUGACUACAGCCAGUCUUUUUUAUACCUGCAGAAAAGUGUUUUUACGUGAAGUUUCUCACAGUUUGUAGAUAUUUUUGAUAACCCCGACACUGAGGAAAAAGAAGGGGCGGUGUCUUCCCCCAGCAGCAGCCCCAUGAUGGCUGGAUCUGAAAUCCUAGAUGGGCCCAGCUUGAUGUCUUUGCAGCUGCACCUAUGGGAAGAAGUAUUCCUCUCUUCCUUUUCUUCCAGCUUUUUAAAAAAGAAAGUCACUGUACCCCCAACCCUAUCCUUGUCCUCCACUCAGGCCCAUGAGGGUCCCUAGGCUUUCAUUAAAGCCUUGGAGCCAAACCUCCCCAAACCCUGCCCCACAGGGGCUCACUCUUAAGCCUGGAAGAGGAAGGCAGACACUUGCUCGGACCACUCCCGGGCCUCCCAUAUGCUGAGUACCCCUGCCUGCCAUUGAAGUAUCCAUACCGAGCCUUCUCUCUCGGGCACUCUGUUAACUUUACUUCUAUUUUCUCAUUUAAUCCUCACAACCUGUGAGGAGAUAUUAAUCGAUCCCAUUUUGCAGAUGAAGAAACUGAGUCUCAGGGAAGUGAAGUGACUUGCCCAAGGUCACUGAGUGGUAGAGUUGAGAUUCAGCCUGUGUCUUGAUUUUGGUGUUUUCGUUUUGCACUGCACCCCCACCUCUCUCCCCUGCCCAUUUUCACUGAGGCGAAAAGGUUCAAACCAAAAUGUCUCAGCCCCCUCUGAUCUCCAGACAAAAUGAGGCAUGAGCCAGCAAGCUCAGCCAAGUUCUUUGUGUCCUUUCUGGGAGGCAGUGCUUCCAUGCCCCUUAAAGGGAGGGAGGGCACCGAAGUCUGUCUCCGUGCUUCCCGGGGUGGGUGGUAGUAGCCAGUCCCAUGAGCCACCCAGUGUCAGCAGAGACUCGACCUCCCUACCCCACCUGGCAGGCUCUUCCCCUCCAUGAUGGUCCGGGAGGCCCACCCCACGCUGAGCAAUCCUUGUCCCUUGUAAGGCGCUGGUUGCUUGGGCUUUCUGAUCUUCAUCUCAUGCCUUUUCCUGACCGCCCGCCCCCCCCCCCCCGCCAACUGUGCCUUGAAGCUCAUGGUGGGGGAGAGCCCCAGCUGCCCUCUUGUCACCCCUCUGCCACUUCUCUCCCCUGUCCACAUGUCUUAUAAUAAAAUUGGAGAGACUA